UCAUAAAACUGAAGUAAGGUAUAAUGAUGUAUUCUCCCUGGCUUCCGGUAAUCCCAGCCUAUUUAAAGAAAGAGAUCUCGCGAGAUCUUCCUUCUUCCGUUUGGCUUCGUUGAUAUAGCAGACGAAAAUUUUUUAUCUAUUACCUAUUUACUUUAAUCCUUGUGGAUUUUGCGUUUAACCUUAGUAUUUUUACUUACUUUGGUGCAGCCUUUUGAUUUGGACAUGGAUAGUCCUGUUUGUAGCCCAGAUGGGGCAGAUGUGGGCCAAGAUGGCAAUUCUGCAAAUCAUGCAGAUAAAAAACUCUUGUAUGGCCAAGAUGGCGACCCCAAAAAGUGGGGAAGUUAUAGCAUCCCUAAGAAAAGACUGAAAAAGGGAGCGAUAGACAAAGAUCGUUAUGAAGACGACAGUGAUUCGUCCGAUCCUUAUGAAGAUGAUAGCUCAUCAGAAGAGGAGGGCGAAAUUGACGAUUUCACUUACAAGUCGCCAUUGACACAGUCGCAUAGCCGUGACGAGCCGCAGGCCGAUUCUGGUGAUGAACUAGACGCUAAGCGUUUUGAUCCGCUCAGUGAUGAGACGGAAUACAUGCUUGAUAAAAGUAAAGCAAAGUAUGCCAAGAAGUAUUUCAAACUUCAUUUAUCUGAGGAGAAAAUUCGCUCCCGCAUUUUAGAGGACGCGCCUAUACCAGGCAACCAAUUUUUGAAUCCGCCGGAUGUCGACGAUUAUCUCGAGGACUUGGUGGCGGAUCACAAGUCUAUGAAGUUCUUGAAAAUGCACGAUUCUUCACUGAAAUUUGUACAGAAACGAGUUUCUCAGUGCAUGGGACCCUUAUCUAGAAUUUGGGACGAAAUGGACAAAGCUCAUGAGGGCACUACGUCUAGUAUGGAAAUCGAGGAAGUGGUGAACUUGUUGGAAAAAACUAUACUCAUGAUUGGUCAAGUGAAUGUUGCGUAUCUUUAUGAACGAAGACUGAAUUUACUCGCCAAAAUUCUCAAAAGUACCAAGAAAGCAAAGAGCAUGUUGCGUGAAAACGAGACAAAAUUUCAAGACGAGUCGGUCUUGUUUGGGAACGACUUUUACACGACCCUGUACAGGAAGUCGAAAGACAGAAAGCGUGCACGAGAGAUGUCGAGGGACAUCGCCAGACCUGUCAACAAGAAACCAAGACAGAGUGUUGACCAGCCCUUUCGGCAGGGACCCUCUGGUGAUCAGAGAAAGUCCAGAGGGUCGAGCUACUCAAGAGGCACCGGCAGAGGCGCCAUUACAAAGAAACAGAGGUAUGUUAAGUUUGUCAAUGACGUCACAUGUAAACAUACCGAUAGUAGUAGAACAAAUGUCAAAAGUUCUGAGGGAUCAUCACAAUCUCCACCCAGGUGUAGAAAAAUUAAAAUUAAGAGAGAUUGUACAAAAUCAUAUUAUACCUUACUUCAGUUUUAUUCAUAA